CUGACUGACAGGCAGAUAGCAGGAACAGAAAGCGUCGGCAGCUGCCUUCAUCGACCACUCUCAUCUUUUACACACACACUCUUGAACACGGUGGCGAAUCGACAAAAUGAACGCUCCGCUCCUGUUUCGGCUUCUACUGACAGCAGCUUCGAUUUGGACGUUUGGUUUGUGCCAACAAGCAGUUUACCCUGCGAUCAGCAGCACUGAGAGUAUUGAAUGUGACUGUGGUAAACUCAACUGUGACUCUGCCUACUGGUUCCGAACUGUUCCCAGCGAGGGCAAAGCAGAGUUUAUUGGUAGAUCCAACAACGCUGACCGUUUCAACCAUGGGCCUUCGUACAAGGCAGACGAACAUCGCUUCAAGCUAAGCAAGAGGGGCAGCUCGACCUUUGUCCUGCGCAUCAUCAAUGUGACUAAAGCGGACGCAGGGAUUUACUCGUGCGCCGCUGUAAUGGCUUCUAGAGACAUAAUUUUUAAUCCUGGGGUUGUUUUACGGCCAGGAGAGACCCGUCCAACUUUGCCUCCAGUCACGAAGCCUAAACCCAAACCCAGCUGCCCCUGCUCUUCCAAGAACCAGCCUCAGGAUGGCUGUGACUCCCUGAUUUUCUGGCCGCUUGUCGGAGUCGUUGCGGGCUUGGCUCUGGGUCUUCUCUGCACGCUGUAUUAUUUCAGCAGAUUGCCCAAAAAGUGUCACCACCACUUUGUGAAGAAGAGGCUGAUGAACUGAAGAAAUUCAGUUUCUGCUUUUGCUGAACCUUAAGUGCAGCAUUUGAGAUGCCAGAUCGCUUCACUGCAGCUCUUCAUCAUUUGGAGACUGAGCAGCUUGAAGCACCCUGAAGAUCUUCUUUGCUAAAAGCAAUUACCUCUAAAUGGAGCACAUGUCCACAGCCUGAGGCCGGACAUUGUUGUAUUAUAUUGUCAAAUAUUAAGAAAUUACUGCUGUAUAUUUCAUAAGCCAGGCAGAUUCUUUUAGACAAAUUAUUUUCAUGUGUCACUGAUUCAUGUGUUUAUCAUUUAGUCAUUUUACCUUGAACUGUAUUAUUGUAACAUUUUUGACCAUUUUUUUUUUGUUGUCAUUUUUAGUUAAAAAAUCAUCUGGAUAUUUUCUGCAAACGUACGCUCAUUUCCUGUAUCGUUUUCGGCCUUUUUGUAUUUAUUUGUUUGCGUCACGUUGUUUCAGAAGUGAUGCACGUUCACAACUGGAUCCCAGUGAUGAAAACAUGUUUUAUCUGCAGUUGAAAUGAAUAAAUUUCUGCUUUUCCACCUUA